GCCUCAGUCUACUAUUGUUAUUCAGGUAGAAAAUCUAAAGUUUAUUGGAUAAUAUUGAAUAACUGUGGUAAUAUUGAAUUUUCUGACUACUGUUGUUUUCUUAUGUAGACUCUACGAACAGUUUGGCGUUUAAUUUUUCAAGUGGUUUCAGUUCAAGUAUGUAAUUUGAAAAAAGCGUCAAUGUUUGUUUGUCAUUUUGUAAAUUAUCUUUAAACAUUAUUUAUUUGUUCAGUUUGUGUUUCAUUGUACUAAAACUGUGGGUCAUUUGAAUGCAGUAAUGGCAGCAAAGAGUGGAAAAACAAAAAUGAGGAGAGUUUUAUGAGAUGAUGAUGCAGAACGUCAGUAUGCUCGGGAACAGACAGAGAAAAUACCUAAUGAUCAAGCUUUCACUGCUGUUUCUCAUAUGGACACUGAUUGUGAAAUUAUAUCUAUAAAGCGAAGACAGGAUUGUCAAAGAAGAUCGAAAAGAUUGAAAGGGGCUUCUCAGCCUGUGAUCAUAGAACAAAACCAGAGUUUGCAGAGCAAUGAUGAGAACGUCAAUACAUUUGACUAUGAUCAAGGAGAUCCUAGCAUGAUUGUAAAUGAGACUCUAUUUACUCAUCGAAGCUCAAGUGAAUGUUCACAUUCAAUUGGUCAAGCAUCGUAUCAAAUAACUAAACAAGGAUUGAUUGUCAAAUAUGAAGAUUCAGAAGAUAAUACUUACAAAUGUGAUUGUUGCGGUGCAUAUUUCUAGAUUGGAGAAGCGAUAAAACAAUCGUCUGCAAAUGCACAAUUGAUAUAUACAAAUUGUUGUAAAAAAGGACAAGUAAAGCUUCCGCAACCUAGACCAACUCCUAAUUUUUUGAAAACAUUAUUAGAAAGCAAAGUUUUUAAAGAAAAUAUCAGAGUUUAUAAUUCAAUGUUUUCUUUUACGUCAAUGGGAGCAACAAUUGAUCGAAAAAUAAAUGUUGGAUCAGGUCCUUACAUAUUCAAAAUUAGUGGUCAAGUACAUCAUUUAAUGGGUUCCAUAUUACCUUCUGAAGGUGAAUCUCCUAAAUAUGCUCAAUUAUAUACAUACGAUACAAAAAAUGAGAUUUCAAAUCGUAUUAAUGCUAUUGAUCCUACUCAUAUUAAUCAAAAUAUUAAGCUAGAAAUUGUUGAAGGACUUAUUAAAAUGUUUGAUGAAAUUAAUGAAUUAGUAAAAGAAUUUCGCACAAUGAGAGAUAAAUUUGAAAAUCAAUCGAUCUUUGCCUUCGUUUAGUAUGGAUAUACUUAAUUGUCAAUCUACUGAUGGUAAACAAUAUGAGAAACCAAUUAGCGAAGAUAUUGGUGGUUUAAUUGUUGGUGACAUUGGGGAACACAACUCAAACAAAGAUAUAAUCAUUGAAUCAAAUGAUGGAUCUUUACGACGAGUUUCUAAAAUACAUCCAAAAUAUAUGUCACUACAGUAUCCAAUUCUUUUUCCAUAUGGUGAAGACGGAUAUACACCAAAUUUACGGAUGGAACAAAUUGGAACAAAUCAUAAACAAAAAAGAGAAAAGAUGUCAAUGCGAAGUUAUAUUGCUUAUCAAAUUCAAGAUAGAAAUUAUGAAGCAAAUACUUUAUUGCAGAGUGGACGAUUAUUUCAACAAUAUUUAGUAGAUUCUUACGCAACUGUUGAGGAAGAUCGUUUAGAUUGGAUUAGAAGAAAUCAAAAAAAUAUUAGAAGUGAAAUUUGCAAAGACAUUUGUACUGCAGUUUUAGCUUGAAUUAAUAAAGGUCAUGAGUUAGGACAAAAAAUUAUUUUGCCAAGC